GUCGCUAGCGGCGCCAUGCGCGGCCCCGCGGCCUGGCCGCUUCUGCUGCUCGUGCGGCGGAGCCCGGCGGGGCCGGGGCGGCUCCUGCCGGCUGCCGGCAUGUGGACCGCGGCCACCCGUGCCCCAGGGUCUCUGCCGCGGCCCUGGGGCGCAGGGCCGGGGCUUGUCGCCGGGGCCGCGCGCCGCUGCAGGAGCGGCUGCCCGGGUUGGGGUCCCAGGGGUCCGGGCGGCGGCGCGGCAGCCGUGCGGCUCCUGGGGCUGUGGGCUCGGCCCCUCGGCGCCUGCAGGUGCGGAGCGCUUAUCCGGCCGGGUGCUCCCCGGCUCCUGCGCACUGGGCUCCCCGGCGGCCCCGCGGCCGCUGCCCGGGCGGGAGGCGAGGCCUGGCGGCGCGGGUCGGCGGCGACGGCAGAAGAGGACUCGCGGCUGCGCCCCGCGGCGGCGGCCGGGCGCUCGGAGGCCCGGAAGCUCCUGGGGCUGGCGUAUCCCGAGCGCCGGAGACUGGCAGCUGCCGUGGGGUUUCUGGCCGUGUCCAGUGUCAUCACCAUGUCCGCCCCUUUCUUCCUGGGGAAGAUCAUUGACAUCAUCUAUACCAAUCCCACGGUGGACUACGGUGACAAGCUGACUCGCCUCUGCCUUGGCCUCACCUGUGUGUUUCUGUGUGGUGCUGCUGCCAAUGCUGUCCGUGUCUACCUCAUGCAAACCUCAGGUCAGCGCAUUGUGAAUAGGCUGAGAACUUCGUUGUUCUCCUCCAUUCUGAGGCAGGAGGUCGCUUUCUUCGACAAGACUCGCACAGGAGAACUGAUUAACCGCCUGUCCUCAGACACCGCACUCCUGGGACACUCUGUGACUGAAAACCUUUCCGACGGGCUCAGGGCUGGAGCCCAGGCUUCUGUCGGCAUCGGCAUGAUGUUUUUUGUCUCGCCUAGCCUGGCCACCUUUGUUUUGAGUGUGGUGCCUCCAAUCUCUAUUCUUGCAGUGAUUUAUGGACGAUAUCUACGGAGACUGACCAAAGCCAGGCAGGACUCGCUGGCACAAGCCACUCAGCUAGCUGAGGAACGCAUUGGAAAUAUAAGAACUGUCCGAGCUUUUGGGAAAGAGAUGACUGAAAUGGAGAAAUACACCAGCAAAGUCGACCACGUGAUGCAGUUGUCAAGGAAAGAGGCUUUUGCUCGGGCUGGCUUCUUCGGCGCAACCGGGCUCUCUGGGAACCUGAUUGUGCUUUCCGUCCUGUACAAAGGGGGGCUGCUGAUGGGCAGUGCCCACAUGACAGUCGGUGAACUCUCUUCCUUCCUAAUGUAUGCUUUCUGGGUUGGACUAAGCAUUGGAGGCCUGAGCUCUUUCUACUCGGAGCUGAUGAAAGGACUGGGCGCAGGGGGGCGCCUCUGGGAGCUCAUGGAGAGAGAGCCCAAGCUGCCUUUCAAUGAGGGCGUCGUUUUAAAAGAGAAAAGCUUCCAGGGUGCUUUGGAGUUUAAGAAUGUGCAUUUUGCCUACCCGGCUCGCCCAGAGGUGCCCGUAUUUCAGGAUUUCAGCCUGUCCAUCCCAGCAGGAUCUGUCACAGCCCUGGUUGGCUCAAGUGGCUCUGGCAAAUCAACAGUGGUUUCCCUCCUACUGAGGCUGUACGACCCCAUUUCUGGAGCUAUCAGUCUCGAUGGCCAUGACAUCCGUCAGCUAAAUCCAGGCUGGCUGAGGUCCAAGAUUGGGACAGUGAGUCAGGAGCCAAUUUUGUUUUCUUGCUCCAUCGCUGAGAACAUUGCUUAUGGUGCCGACAACCCAUCCUCAGUGACUGCUGCACAGGUGGAGAGAGUGGCUGCACUGGCCAACGCAGCCUCGUUCAUUCAGAAUUUCCCCCAGGGGUUCGACACUGUGGUCGGAGAAAAGGGUGUUCUCCUUUCAGGUGGGCAGAAACAGCGGAUUGCAAUUGCCCGUGCUCUGCUUAAGAACCCCAAAAUCCUUCUCCUAGAUGAAGCAACCAGUGCCCUGGAUGCUGAAAAUGAGCACCUUGUCCAAGAAGCUCUAGAUCGGCUGAUGGAAGGAAGAACAGUGUUAAUCAUUGCCCACCGACUGUCCACCAUUAAGAAUGCUAACAUGGUUGCUGUUCUUGACCAAGGGAAAAUUACCGAAUACGGGAAACAUGAAGAACUACUUUCAAAGCCAGAUGGGAUAUUCAGAAAACUAAUGGACAAGCAAAGUUUUAUUUCUGCAUAAAGAAGCAAUCACUGGUCAACUGAAUGCGAGAGACUUAACACAAAAGAGUGUUGCAGAAAGAAAAUACUUACAGACUACAUGAAAUCUGUGAAUUAUACUUCAAGUUAUUUGAGAUAUGUCUAUUUUUUCCACAGUGUGUAAAAUAUGUUUCCAGAUGUACCUGUUCUCGAGGCCUUUUUUAUUCAGAGUUUUAAUAAUUAUACCUUUCAAAAUGUCUAUAGCACUGAAGUUAUUUUUGGGUUUUAUACUUUGUUUCAUCUUGGAAAGUUAUAAUUAAUGUGGCAUGGCACCCCAUUUUCUUCUGCCUGCUGUCAUAUACUAUAGCUAUUUUCAAAUGACAACUUUUAAAGGGAAUUAUAAAUAAAAGGCCUACUUAUUUUAGGCCAGUUUACUAUUCAUUGUGACCCAUCCACUUUGGGUCGGUAGGUAGGUGGUGAAAAUGAAGAGCUAAUGCUUUAUUUUACCCUGAUAAUCUCGUUAAAUGGACCUGCCUUACACACAGCCACAGUGACAGGGAGAAAAGAGAACACGGCUAUUACCUGCAUGCUGAGUCCUCAGAGGUGUGAGGGUCGAGGAAUAUGUGUUCCAUGGGAUGUGCCAGUGUUGGAAAGAGGGCGUUUUCAACAUUUUGAGACAUGAAAUCCUGAUGAGUUUUAUAAAAGGAAGAAUGUUUACUACCCUGAACAGGAAAAUUUCUAUUUUCUAAUCUUGGAAUUGUUAUUCUGCAGAAUAACAAGAAAGCUUCAGCAUGCAUCACUGUCCUGAAAAGAAGACAUUAGUAAUCCCUUUUCUUUUACUUAUGCUCAGAGUUUUAGUCACUUAAAUGUCUAGAGGCUCCUAAAGCCAUGUGACCAACCCCUGCAUUUGCCAUACUUUGUAUGACUCCUGUUAAUCUGCUGCUGCCGCCUCAAGAAAAAAAGCACCCAAACCUUAAAGUGACUAUGCUGGGAUAAUUAAAGUGGGGGUUUCUCCAUAUGUGAAGUGCUCACUAGUCCUGAUUAAACUGGAAUCAUGCAACACAUGAAGUUGUUGUAUUUCAUUCUCCUUAGGGAAUUUAUUAAUGAAUGAAAUGGACUCAAUAAAUCAAUAAAAGUAGUGACGUUUGACUUACAA